CUGCCUGUCCCUCUUGCAUUCCGCUGCCACCGCCCGCUCGACAUCGACGUCGACGACGACGACGCCCAUCGCAGCUGCCGGAUACGCAACGCCGGCGACAACGACGGCCACAGGGCAUACACCGACCAGGACCCUGAUACCAGGUACCCCAGAUUCAGAUCCCAGCCGCCAUGCCAUUCGAAAAGUACUUCCAGGACGGCGAUGCCGCCGACGCCUAUUCGCGCGCCGGCCCCAGCAACUACCAGCACAUCAGCUAUGCCCCCACCAUCUCUCAGUCUCCCGCGCCGGCGGGGUAUAUGCGGGCACCACUAUCGCAUCCGCCCGAGGUCCAGCUCCAGAUCCCCCCGUUCGUCUACUCCGCCACGCCCACCCUCGCCCCCGGGGGUGGCGCGGAGGUCAUCCCAGGGAGCAUGUUCGACACCACUGGCCCGUCGGGGAGCGGAUGGUUCCACAACAACGGCUUUGCGACGCCCAAGCUGCCGCACAUGCCGGCGAAUGCGACAAGCAACAGCUAUUUUCCUGGUCAGAGCAACGUCUCUGUGCACAUACCGUACGAGUUCGAUCUGCCCGUCCAGCGUCAGCCGACUCCGCCAAAGCCGCAGCAACAGCAGCAUCAUGUGGAACCCGUGGCGCUCCCUCCAGCCCCCUUUGAUGAAGCUGGAAAUGCAGUCCUUGCACCCCAUCAGCUGCUCGCUCUGUCUGCGCCAAAUCCCCUCAACUUGCCGCUGUACUCCGCCUCGGGCUUCGAUCUGCUCAGCAUACUUGCCCGUAUCGCAAGUCGACCGCACCCCAAAGUCGUCUUGGGCCCUGUUGACAUGACCUGCUCAUUCGCCGUCGUCGACGUUCGCCGCUUCGAUUGCCCCAUCAUAUACUGCUCCCCCACUUUCUGCGCACUCACAGGAUAUUCCGAGCGCGAGGUCGUCGGCAAGAAUUGUCGCUUCCUUCAGUCCCCGACCGGAAAUCAGCCGAAGGGUGAAAUGCGCACGCACACAUCUCAUGAAGCAGUGGCGCAUCUGAAGAAGAGCCUGGUCUCGGACAAGGAGUGUCAGACGACCAUCGUCAACUAUCGCAAGGACGGGCGGCCGUUCAUCAACCUUGUCACCGUCAUUCCUCUUCGCGGUGGCAUCAGUGGAAGUCACGAUGACGAUGAGGAGGUCGUUUACCAUGUCGGCUUCCAGGUCGACCUCACCGAGCAGCCGAAUGCCAUAUUGGAACGCUUGCGCGACGGGAGUUACAUCGUCAACUACAGCCAGUCGUACGGCGCCAGCUCAUCGUCCCAAAACAACGCCAUUACGCCCUCCCACCGUGAUCGCGGUAACAAGCCUAUCCCUACCCUCGCUAUCUCGAAGGAUCUGAAGAAGAUGCUCAAUGACCAGCAAUUCGUGUCCAGCAUAUCCAUUUCGGACAUUAACGUCGACCCUUCACCAGAGAAAUCAGCGGAUGCGUCGCCGAUCACAUCUUCCGACCAAAAUCAGCCGCUGAACCUCAUGCUCCUGGAGAAGACGCCAGAUUUCGUGCAUGUCGUCUCGCUCAAGGGAUCCUUCCUGUAUGUUGCGCCGACAGUGAAGCGCGUACUCGGAUAUGAUCCUUCAGAGCUUGUGGGCAAGGGCCUCAGCGACAUAUGCCACCCUGCCGACGUCGUGCCGUUGAUGCGCGAGCUCAAGGAGGCGAGCUCGACGGGCACCGAGUCGUCCGGGGUGACAAGCGCGAGCGCCGGUGCGAGCAAGGCAUCUGCGCAGCAGGAUCCUUCCAUGCCGCGAACGGUCGACCUCCUUUUCCGCGCGCAGAUGAAGACGGGGCGGUACGUCUGGAUGGAGUGCCGGGGUCGGCUGCACGUCGAGCCCGGCAAGGGUCGCAAGGCGAUCAUGCUUUCCGGCCGUGCUCGCGAGAUGAUGGAGUGCCGCUGGGGACGCCUGCGUGCCGGGGGUGGACUUGCGCCGUCUGCGGUUAGCCCGAGCGGCGCACAGGUCCCGCGGGAGUUCUGGGGCACGCUGGCCGCAGGCGCGGGCGGCAGGGCGGCGUUUGCGACCGUCGGCGGUGGCGUGGCAGACGUGCUCGGCUGGGAUGCGGCCGAUGUGCUUGGGCGUGCGGUAGGCGCACUCGUCUGCGGCGGGGCCGGCGCCACCAUCAUCGAUGCAGAGGUGGCGCGGAUGCUUACGGCGCACCAGGCGCAGGGGGACGACGCGCCGCGGUCUUUAUCGCUGCGCAUGCGCGCACGUGACGGCGCCGAAGUGGAUGUUCGGCUGGUGCUCUACCGGCCCUUCGCGCACAGGGCGGUCAAGCAUACGGUCGCGCCGGCGCCGGUCAUCUUCCAGUGCGCGAGCGCUGACGCGGUGGCCUCUGCCGGCGAGAUGCGCCACUCGGCGAAUGCGAACGUUUUCGAGGAGUUCGAGCUCGCGCGGGGGACGAGCUGGCAGUAUGAGCUCCAGCAGGUGCGGUACGCGAAUCAGCGGUUGCUCGACGAGAUCGCUGUCGUUGAGGCGCAGCUGGGGGUGCAACCGUCGAACGUGGUGUACGGCUCGUCGUCGAUGCCGCAGCAAAGUGCGCCGUCACCGAUAGCCAUGCAGCAACAAAAGCAGGCGGCGAUGGGCGCGGCGUCAUCUGCCGUACGCGCUGCAGCGAUGGUGCCACCUAUCAUCACUGCCGUACCGCAGGUUCAGGACUGGUCCGCGAUAUCGGUGACGACGCCUCAGUACGGCAGCGCCCGGAAGCGGGCCUGGGACAGUAUUGACAGCGGCGGAGGUUGAGCGGUCCCUCUGCACACCAUACGUCACACCUCCCCCUUCCCCUUUACCCUCCCCCCUCUCCUCACAAGAGAUCUGUAGCUUGCUUUGCCUCUCCUUGUAUUCCCUCGAUUGCCUGGAUGGACAGUACGCAUGCCCUAUAUACAUAUGCACCACCCCGUAUUUGAGUAUACCCCCGUCCGUACGGGUACUCGUUGCUACCUAUCGCACCUUCGUAUUCCCGAUAUUCCAUUAUCGCAUCUGGUAUGGCUUCUAAUGUUAUCAGCUGUAUUACUACGCACUACUACAUAAAGCCUGAAUAGUACCGCUCAUGGACAGUCGUCUGCAUAUACGCAAUGGACGCUGCAUUUGCUGGACAGUGGCGCCAGUAGUCGUCUGAGUAUGGCCUAUAGAGUAUGGUGGCUGUAUUCUGAUAGAAAAAAGAAAAAAGGUCACUUAUGUGCCUCC